UCAUUUUUCAUUAACGCACCCAUCACGGAAAAAUGAAUCUUGGCUUGCAGCGCAUCGGUUUGGCUUGCGGGGGCAGCAAAGUUCAACCGUGCUUCGGUUGUUACCAUUACACAGAAAGCAAGACUAGGGGAGGGACGGGAGGAAAACGACGUCCCGAAGAGUAAAAAUAACGCGGUUUUGCUCUGUUUUCGUCUUUGGGCAGAAAGGGAAAAGCUUAAAUUUAACUUUUUGUUUUUGGUCGUGGGGUUAGAGGUCCCAAUCGCCUGAAGAAUGGCAGAACAAAGCAGUAGAUACCAGCAGCUGCCCAAUGAGGAGGAGCCGGGCGAGGGAGAGCAAGCGGCGGCCGACGCCCCGCCUCCGUACAGCAGCAUCGCCGCGGACAACGCAGCGUACUUCGACUACAAGGAGGACGGCGGCUUCCCCAAGCCGCCCUCGUACAACGUGGCCACGUCGCUGCCCUCCUACGACGAGGCGGAGAGGUCCAAGGCCGAGGCCACCAUCCCCCUCGUGGCCGGAAGGCACAGGGAACGCCUGGACACUUUUGAUGAUGUAACUCGCGGUUCCGUCGAGGAGGAUGACUUCGUGGCGCGGGACGACUUUGAGGACGCGGACCAGCUCCGGAUAGGGAACGACGGCAUCUUCAUGCUGACUUUCUUUAUGGCAUUCCUCUUCAACUGGAUCGGCUUCUUCCUGUCCUUCUGCCUGACCACCUCCGCGGCCGGCCGCUACGGCGCCAUCUCCGGCUUCGGCCUGUCGCUAAUAAAGUGGAUCCUCAUCGUCCGGUUCUCCACCUAUUUCCCCGGAUACUUCGAUGGCCAGUACUGGCUGUGGUGGGUGUUCCUGGUUUUGGGUGAGUAUCCUUAAGUUGUGCGUUUCUCACUUCGACGGCAGAAACUGCAAUAAGUCUGCCCUUAGUACUGUGAGUCUGCCCUUAGUGCUGUGAGUCUGUACUUAGUACUGUGAGUCUGUACUUAGUAAUGUGAGUCUGUACUUAGUGCUGUGAGUCUGUACUUAGUGCUGUGAGUCUGUACUUGUGUGCUCAGCCUGCUCUUCAUGUCCCUCCAGGGUUCCUCCUCUUCCUCAGGGGCUUCAUCAACUACGCCAAGGUCCGCAAAAUGGCCGACUCCUUCUCCACCCUCCCGCGUAC